GAUGUACUCGGAAACUCGGCUGAUGCAGCCUGACGCUGAAACCAGGAAGGCGCUGAGCUUAAACUGAAGCAAGUUCGGAGGACGCUGGCGGCUCCCUACUCGGAAGAAACGUUUCCAGGUCUGCAGUGCUUGCACGUUAACUGGAGAAAUGGGACGCCGUUCAUCAGAUACUGAAGAAGAAAGUAGAAGUAAGAGAAAAAAGAAACACCGGAGACGAUCAUCUUCAAGUAGUUCUUCAGACAGUAGAACAUAUCGAAAGAAAGGUGGAAGGAAAUCAAGAUCAAAGUCAAGAUCUUGGUCUAGAGAUCUUCAGUCUCGUUCACAUUCUUAUGACAGAAGACGCAGGCAUAGAUCAAGUAGUAGCUCUUCUUAUGGCUCAAGAAGAAAACGAAGUCAAAGUCGUUCAAGGGGUCGAGGGAAAUCCUACAGAGUUCAGAGGUCUAGGUCUAAAAGCAGAACAAGAAGGGAAUCUGGAAACAUCAAAGCUGGAUUAGAACAUCUGCCACCAGCUGAACAGGCCAAAGCCAGACUACAACUGGUUCUUGAAGCUGCUGCGAAAGCUGAUGAAGCAUUAAAAGCCAAAGAAAGAAAUGAGGAAGAAGCAAAAAGAAGAAAGGAGGAAGAUCAAGCCACCCUGGUAGAACAAGUAAAAAGAGUAAAAGAAAUUGAAGCUAUUGAAAGUGAUUCUUUUGUUCAGCAGACAUUCAGAUCAAGUAAAGAAGUUAAAAAGUCAGUGGAACCUACGGAAGUGAAGCACACAGCUACAGCCUCAGGACCAACAUCUGCAGUGGUCGAUCCUCCCAAUAUUGAAAAAGAAAUAGACCCUAGCAACAUCCCUACUGCUAUCAAGUACCAAGACGACAAUUCUCUGGCUCAUCCAAAUUUAUUUAUUGAUAAAGCAGAGGCUGAGGAAAAAUGGUUCAAGAGAUUAAUUGCUCUCCGACAAGAAAGGCUAAUGGGCAGUCCUGUGGCCUAA